AUGGCCGACGCCGACGAAGAUGCCAUUCGCGCGCCCUCGAACAACCCGGCGCAGAUCGAGACUGACCUGUCCGACGAAACUCAGGACUUUCGCUUGCUGAGCCAUCUCAAUUUCCUCUCCGACCCCUCCUCGGGCAGUCUCCCCCGCCGCGGCGAGAAAGACUUCGAACCCAACCCAACUGAAUUCCAGGCCGAUGUCCUCUCUGCUUCGCGACAGGCUAUGCACAAUGCGCUCGCGUAUCCGCGCAUUCACAACCCCAAGAACCAGAUCGUGGGGAUAUACGCCCCCGAAGGACCGACACCACCGCCCCAGGUGAUUGGUGAAUCAUUGAAGACCGUCGACGAGCAACAAAAGAGCACCGAGUCUGCUCCCCCUGCUCAGUCCAAGCCAGAGUCUAUUAAACCGGACGGUAAAGGAGUUGGCGUCUCUCCAGAAACGUGUGUCUAUGUGCCCACCCCGAAGGGCCAAUACUUCAAGACUAUGGGCCAGGCCGAUCGCUGGAACCGGGUUUGGCUGUUGCCGGAGGAAGCAUUGUAUUUGCUGGAGAGAGGCAGUCUCGAUAUCCGAUGGCCAAGCUCGUUAAUUGGGUCGGAUUCUAACAGUGAAUCUGGUGUUUCAACCGAUGAGCCUUCAAUUCCCAUGAGUCUGCAGGCUGCCUAUGCAUGCUUCAUUGGCCGGGCUGGCUUGACGCUCGAACGGUUUUCUGUCUACACUGGAUUGAGACGGCUGGGUUACAUGCUGAUCCGGGCGCCCGGGUGGCAUGACUCAAUUGAACAGAGUGAGACAGCUCCGGCCACGUCGGGUACCCAAAAGACUGCCACACAGCCUCCAUCUGCGCAGCGUGGUCCUGGUCUCGCUGGGAUCUUUGGGCGUGUUUUCCAGUGGAUUCACGAUCCCAUGUCGACAGCCUCGACGACGGCAGGACCCGUCGCCGGCCUCGGCAUCCAUCGAAACUAUGCCGAUGUAUACCGCAAACUUGCCCUCAUACCCUGGUACGACCCCGUCACCGCGCCAGAACCCCAUCUCGACGACACAACACCGCCCUUCCGCAUCGUCUUCCAUGUAUACAAACCCUCCACGACCUUCAAAAAAACCGCUCCCCCACCCCCAGACUUCCGCAUCGCCGUCCUCAGCACACGCGACCAGACCAGUUUUCCCACACUCUCCCAGCUCGGCGCCUUGCUCGAGAGCACACCCCUCGAUCCGCCACGCGGCGACAAAAUGGACCGCUUGCUGUACAUGCGGCUGCGCCACGGAUACCGCCACGUCAUUCUGGCGGUUGUCGACCAGGGUGUUGUGAGUUAUCUGCGCGUUGCUGACUCGGCGUUUGGGAAGGAGAAGCUCUAUGAGGCUAAAAAUGGGCCGUCGGGGACUAAGCGGAAUCGAUUCUCGCAUGGAUCAAAAAGAAGGUGA